AUGUCUUCAAUGAAACGAGGAUAUUAUUUUUUAAGAUUAAACGGUUCACGUAAUAAAUUACCUUGCCACUAUAAUGGUGUUGGCAAUUUAGAUCGGACUUUUCCUGUUACAAUGCGUAAAGAGCGAAUUAUUCGGUUUAUUCUAAUUUUAAUUAGUUUAGCAUUUAUGACUGUUUUCAUGUCUCAUAUUCGAGUAUUACCUAUAGAACCAUCUUUUAAUUCAUAUGAGCAAAUACAUAUUUAUCGAAUUAUUGGCAAUGACCUUCCUCCAAGACAUAAAGUUGGCCAAGUACUUCAAAAUACUAGAUUUAUUUUAGAAAAUGAACCUGAUUUUCCAAAUACAAAAAAAUGGUGGAUAAUUAAUCGUAUUGUUGAUAAUGAAUAUGAAAAUGCGAUAAUAGAUUUAUUAAAACAACAUAAAAAAGAUUAUAUUAGAAUACCUUUUAAUGUGGAUGAAUAUCUUAGAGCUGAUUUUCGUUUAGAAGAUUUUCCUGAACCUGAUUUCUUUCAUUCUUAUGAAUUUAUGAACUUUACAAAAGUUGCAAAAAUAAGAACAAUCGAUUAUACUUACCAUGAUAAGAAUAUUUAUGUUAUGAAUAAUAAUGGUGGUCGAAAUGUAGCUUUGAAACAUGGUCAAUCUCAACCAAAUGCUCGAUGGAUAUUCCCUUUUGAUGGAAAUUGUUUCAUAACUAAUAGCGCUUUUACCGAGAUUACGUCACAAAUUGAAAAAUGGGGCAAGGAUUAUAAAUAUUUCGUGGUUCCUAUGGCAAGGUUAUUAAAUAAUUCUCAAUUAUUGUCUGAUUCGGAUCAAAAACCAGAAACUCCUGAGGAACCUCAAAUUAUAUUUAGACAUGAUGCUGAAGAAAAAUAUAACGAGAAUAUGCGUUAUGGUAGAAGAUCAAAGGGAUUGUGUCUAAUACUAAAUAUGAUUGAAAGUCCGAUGACAGGUGUUCCAACUCCAAGUAGAUUCAUUGCCAGGCCAGUUAUUCCAUGGGAAACUAAUGAAAAUGCACAAAAUACACCAUCUAACUACACAUCUAAAAGCUUGUAUAUGAAAGUCGGCUGGGUUUUCCGACUAUUCUCCGGACAGGCAUCGCAAGAGUUAAAUCAAAAAGAAUCAGGAGCAUUAAGAGCAUUUAAUCGUUUAUUAGCUAUUCAAGAUUUAAUUGAUGGAAUAGAUGAACGAAUAGCAAGAACCCAUAAAAAUUUUAAUCCAGAUCGAUUAUUUUUAUAUGAUGAAAAUUCAUUAAGUAAUGCAAGAAUAAAAUAUUGGUCUGGUGACGAGAAGAUUACGAGGAUUGUUGAUGUUAUGUUAAAUCGAGCUGACGAGAUAACUUCUGAAGUUUCUGAUUUACAUAAAGUUGAUGACUCUUUAUUUCUCAAUACUAGUAUUCAAAUAACAUUCUUAAAAUUAAAUACUGAUUCGGAAACAAAUUUACCUGAUGGCGAAUCAAAUGAAAUGCCUGAACUUGAAAGCAGAUCAAAUGAAAUGCCUGAACUUGAAAGCAAAUCAAAUGAAAUGCCUGAACUUGAUGGCAAAUCAAAUGAAAUGCCUGAACUUGAUGGCAAAUCAAAUGAAAUGCUUGAAUCUUCCAUCUCAACUUCUCAAUUAUUUGAAAAUAUAACAACCUUAACUCUUGCUCAAUAUUUUUCUGGCAAUUUUUUAUAUUCACGAUGGGCUGCAAAUCUUAUUCGUACAUUUCUUUUAUCAUCAUAUGGUAUUGGAGAAGAAGAUAAAAUUACUCUCUUAGAAUACAAUGAUACUUGUCUUGAUUGCAAUGUAUUUGAUGAAGGAUAUGGUUUUCCAUAUUUAAAUAAGAUUCCACGUACAAUUCCCAAAAAUUCAGAAUCAUCAUCAGUUUUCUAUAAAAUACCUAAAGACAUAUUUGAAACCGAUCCUUCUCAUUUUCUUGAUUCAUGUAAAUUACUUUAUAGAAUAAAAGCGUUAACACAUAGAGAAUUUGUAGAACUUCAAGCGUUAGCAUCAUAUUGGCUUGAAUAUUUAAUAAGUUCACCGGAGGGCACUUCGACAGGACGUAAACCGGACCAUAGAGGAACUCUUUAUGAUCUUCAGAUUCUUUCUCUCUCUGGGUUCAUUGAUGAUGUCAGAUUACAUUUAAGAGUUUCUAAUCGAUUAAGAAUGAGAAUAGGAAAACAAUUUUAUAUAGCUCGUGAUGUAUCAUUAAUGAAUGCUGCUAAAAUAAGUCAACCAUAUGAGAUGAUGUAUGUAAAAAAUAUGAUCAGGAAUAAGAUGAUUAAACCUUCAGCUUAUGAAGAUGAAGUGUUUAGGUAUAAGUCAUUAAAUUUACAUUAUUGGAUGUUGAUUACAAGGAUAAUACAAAAUGUUAAAGUGAGUAAUGAUUUAUGGUUAUACAAAUCAAAGGAUGGUCAAAAAUUGUCAAAGGCUAUAAUGAGUCAUUUAAAUAAAUAUGAAGUUGAAGGACGAAAAAAACAUGGUUUAUUUUUACUAAAACCUUUAAUGUACAUAGCGCAUAAAGCUCAUAAAAUUAGUUCAAAAUUUUCACAAAGGAACAAUGAAAAUGAGUACUUUCAAAGAAUUUUGAUAAAAUUUAGUGAAAAAUAUUCUUUUGAUUAUAGUGAUGAGUCGGAAAGAAGAGAAAAUAUCGAUAGUAAUGUUGGAUUGGGUAAUAGAAUAAGGAAAAAUGGAGUUCCUCCAUUCUGGAUGUUUGGCAUAGCAUAA